AUGGCGUCUCAACCGGCGAAAGAGUCUGUUCAAUGCUUCGGAAGGAAGAAGACGGCUACCGCCGUCACCCACUGCAAACGCGGGUCAGGUCUGAUCAAGCUCAACGGUUCUCCGAUCGAGCUUCAUCAGCCAGAGAUCCUCCGUUUCAAGAUCUUGGAGCCAAUCUACCUCCUCGGGAAGCACCGAUUCGCCGGAGUUGACAUGAGGAUCCGUGUUAGUGGUGGUGGUAACACAUCUCAGGUCUACGCGAUUCGUCAGAGCAUCGCAAAGGCGCUCGUUGCUUUUUACCAGAAGUAUGUUGAUGAGCAGUCGAAGAAGGAGAUCAAGGAUAUCUUGGUGAGGUACGAUAGGACUCUACUCGUUGCGGAUCCGAGGAGGUGCGAGCCGAAGAAGUUUGGUGGUCGUGGUGCUCGUUCUCGUUUCCAGAAGAGUUACCGUUAA